AUGAAUCAUCACCAUAUACAAAUCUAUCUUCUUGUAUAUGUCGAUGAUAUUCUUAUAACCGACAAUGAUUCCAAGGCAAUAUCUGAGCUUAUUCAUAAACUUCAAUCGAAAUUCACAAUGAAGAAUCUCGAUCCAGCCAGCCACUUCCUCGGCAUCAAAAUUGAUUCCUCAACAAAUAAGUAUUUUCUCUCUCAAAGCUUAUACGCUCAAUCUAUUCUUCAAUUAGUUGACCUUAAUAAUUGCAAUUCUCUCACUAAUCAGUCAGCUACAAAAAUGCCAUUACAGGUUUCCGGUGUGACAGCUAGCUUUGAUCCAAAUACGUAUAUACAUAUAGUUGGAUUUCUUCAGUAUUUAACUCUGGCCCGUCCCGACAUAGCAUACGCUGUCAACGCUCUUUCGCAACAUAUGCAUGAUCCGACAAACAUUCAUACAUCUAUGUUAAAAAGACUUCUCCGGUAUAUAAAGGGAACAACAAAGUUCAGACUACCGAUCACCAGAUCCAAUCUCUUGCUUCGCACAUUCUCUGAUAUAGACUGGGCGGCUGAUCCAAUCACAAGAAAAUCUAAGUCAGGAUAUUAUACGUUUCUUGGUUACACACUAGUUUCUUGGACGAUCAAGAAACAAACAACUGUCUCAAGAUCUUCUACAGAAUCCGAAUAUAGGGCUCUUGCUUCCGCAACUGCUGACACAAUUUGGAUUAAACGUCUGCUCUCUGGUUUUCGAAUACUGUACACAGCACCGGUCGAUCUGUUCUGUGACAAUACAUCUGCAAUUGCCUUGGCAAACAAUCCCGUUUUUCAUGCCCGAACCAAGCACAUCGAAAUCGAUCAACGCUUUAUUCGGGAUCAUAUUCACAACAAUAACAUCAGACUGUUACCAAUAAGCACAACUGACCAAAUAUCUGACAUUCUUACCAAACCGUUGGCUACUCCGAGGUUCAAGUUUUUACGUUCCAAACUAACAAUUGAACCUCAAUUAUCAGUUUGCGGGGGAAUGUUAGAACAACAAAACAAAGUAAGUUAA